UCACCAGUCCGGUCUUGUCGCCCACACAGCGCAGCAAAUCGCCAUAGGUGGUGCCAUCACGAGAUGACCUGAUACACACACACGCGCUCCUACUGUGCUGCUAGUAUGAGAGUGCGUGCUUUGCCGCUUACUUGUAUAUGAUGUUGAACUCCUUGCCGCCCAGCCAGUUGCACAUGGCCACGUACUGACCGAUUGUGAGAGGCGAAUCAGCCCAAACACACUGGAAUAUCCACACACAGAGGCAAGAAGAUACACAGCCAGUCUUCAUAAGCAUGUGCGCAUUGGAGCAGACCUGCGCGCGGAUUUCUUGCGGAUGGCCUCCCCCAGCUGCACACCGAUGUCGGACACAACAAGUGCACGUCUUUGUCUUUGUGUGAGUGUGUGUAUGUCCGUUCACCUCGUCUGUGCUCUCCUGUGCGGCUGUCUGGUUGGAUCCGAUGAGCGCCUGCUGCCCCUGAAGUUGAACACACACAGCAGAGAGAGAGAGAGAGAGAGGGCAUUCGUAUGUCUGUCUCUGUGUCUUUCGACCAUCUCCAUCUGACCUGAGUGGCGUGUUGCUGCAAAUUGGUGUCCACGUACGUGCGCAGCUGCACCAAGGCAAAGGACACAUGACCCAGAGAGCGUGUACGUGGGUGUCCCUUGCCUGCUCGAUUGAUGCGUUGAUGGUGUCUUUCAGCGACUGUAUCUCGCUCUGCGCCUCCUCGCGGAUGACGUCACACAACUGCACAGACAGAGCACAGACAGAGAGAUGAAGAACGCACAUCUUGGCGGUUUGUUCGCUUACCUCUUGUGUGUUCUUCUUUGCCGCUGCCCUGUUGUCGUCGAUGGCCUGCUCGAGACGUGAAGCCUUGCCGACCAACUCAUCGUGGUUUGACACGAUGAACGCUCUCUGCUCCUGUAGCUGUCACACAGCAGGACAGCCAGCCACGUGUGCCCCAUUCAUAUGUGCUUAUGUCUUUCUGAUUUACCUGAGCGGACGUCUGCUGCCAUAUCGCCUCUUUGAUGGCGGCCAUCUUGUCCUCGAUGGUCUGCAACAGCGCCGCCUCCUGGCGCAUGGUCACCAUUGUGGACUCCGUGUUGGCUCGCAGCUGCACAGAGAAAGACAGCAAGAGCGGGUCCAUCACUUAGCCACUGGAUGGACCCAGAGAGUGUGUAUGUGGGUGUCCCUUGCCUGCUCGGUUGCCGCAUUGAUGGCGGCCCUGUCGGCUGCGCUGCUCUCCUUCAGCGCCUGGAUCUCUGCCGCCUGCGAUGCGACAGAUGUUGCCAAGCUGCAUACUGUCUGUGUGUGCGAUGUGUGCUUCAUACCUGUGUGUCGACUUUGCCUUGAAGCUGCUGUAUCUGGGCUGCCUGCGGGCACUCACACGCACACAUCAAUGUUGCAAGUGAAGGACAAUGUCAAGACCUGACAGAUACAGACGGGCGUACAACAAAAUGAAUCUGAUGCACGUGGAAUGUAUCUGUGUGCGGCUGCGUACUUGCAGGCGAGACGAAGCGACUUGUCGUCUCCCAGCCACUCAAGCAGGGCAAGAUAGCUGACCACUGUGAGUGAGCUGUCAUGGAGGGGUGCCUUGAACACAGGGAAACAGACACAGAAAGGACAUAAACGCCAGAGCCUGCAAAGGCAGAUAGAUGGCUUACGAGUAUGCUGGCGUCCGUGGCGGUCUGCUCCUUUUCGCCUUUACCAAAUGCCUCGGACAGCUGCAUACACAAGCAAGGAUAACGAGAAGAGGUGAUGCGCAUCUACUGGUCUCUCGCUGUGUGCGUGUGUGCAGGCUCACCUCCUGUGUGUUGCUUUCCGCAGCUGUCUUGUUGGCGGCGAUGGUCUGCUCGACAUGCGGAGUCUUGCCGAGCACCUCAGAACGGCUCGGCUCAAGCAGCUGCAUGGACACACACAUCACACGACACACAGCACAUCGUCUAUGGCCCUCUGGAUGUGUCGUGUCUUUCGGUCUCACCUGAGUCGAUAUCUGCCGGUGCAAGGCUUCCGUCAGGGACACGAACUUCUCUUCGAUCAUCUCCGCUAGUGUCGACCGGACGUCUUGGCAGGUGGCCGUUGUCACUUGCAACUGAACUGCCGCCCGGCUCCCAUGGAUCGGCCAGCCAGCGACGAUGGCGACGAUGGCGACGAUGCCGACAGCCACGCAGAUCAGCCCAAACGAUGAGACCGCCAGUAGCGCACGCGUGAGCCAGUUGAUUGUUUUGUCCGCUCGCACAAGCCGAUCUGCCGCCUCCUCGAGUGUCAUGACGCGCGGGGAGGACGGUGCCAGGGACCUCAGGCCUUCAAUGAGAGGUGUGCUCUGGUCACGGCUGUGGCUGUCGCCUUCUGUCAUCGAUAAUGGUGUUGCUGACACCCGGAUCUCUCACUUG